AUGAAGCCUCUUCAAUCUCCUGCUUGUUUGUCCAUUGCUGGAUCUGACUGCAGUGGCAGUGCUGGGAUUCAAGCUGAUUUAAAAGUCAUGCAGGCUCACGGAGUUUAUGGAAUGUCAGUUUUAACGGCGUUAACUUCCCAAAACUCUAAAGGAAUUGAUGGCAUAUACGCCGUUCACCCCAUACUCAUACAGAGACAGCUGGACGCCUGCCUCAGUGACAUUGAAUGCGAUACGGUGAAGAUUGGAAUGCUUCCUGAUUCAAAAAGCGUAGUCCGUAUUGCAGAGACUCUCCAACGGCAUCACAUAAAAAACAUUGUCAUGGAUUCAGUGAUUAUCAGCAGCUCUGGGCACGUUAUGUGUGAAGGAACUGCAAUAUCAGCCACUAUAAAAUUUCUUUUUCCUCACGUCCUCGUGUAUUCCUCGAAUGUCAUGGAGGCUUAUGUUUUGGUUCAGCGGACUCUAGGACACUGUCCUUUUACCCUUCGUUCUUUAGAGGACAUAAAGAAUCUAAUUAUGAUUAUCCAUAAAGCAGGUCCUAGCUAUAUCGUUUUAAGCGGUCAUCAUGUUGCAUACAACGACAACUUUGAGAUCACUAGCUUGCCGACAACCAAUUCGUUUACUGUAGACUUGAUAUUUGACGGAGAGAAUUUCUAUGCGUUUCAAAAACCAUACGAUUUACGGCACUCUGUAGCUGUUCAUGGAACUAGUUGCUCGAUGACUGCAGCGAUUGCCUCAAAUAUAGCGUUGGGAAAACAUCCUUUAGAAGCUAUUCAAAAGGCUAUGCAAUCCAUUGAAUGUGCAUUGUUAAAUAUUCAAGAGGAGUCCUCAUCCAUCAGUCGUACUGCUCAAUUAUUUUCCAAAUUAAAGCCUUCCUCUUCCAAUCAAACCAUAACCACUCGUCUAAAAUCAUAA